GCAGUACAGAGGAAGCGGAGAGAGGUGUUCAGUCCGAUGUAAAGACAGGCGGUAUGUCGCUAUGUCGCUAUGUCGCCACGUUUGUCGGGGAGGAGGCAGGAGCCGCGGAUUGGUCGGUCGGCUGCUGGAUAACCCACUUCGUUGCCCCUCCGAGGAAAAGACUCCGAGGUACGGAGGAGACGUGCGAUAGAUGCAUUUGUGCCGUCGAUGUCGUUCAGGUUACACAGUGCACCUCCACCUACUAUUUAGACUGUUAUCUACUUGUUCUACGAUCUGCGAAUUCGCUGUCCUGAAAUAAGAUUUCUCGCAUCAUUCCCUCCUUCACAUCACCGCAUAGAAAAAUGGGCGACUCCAACCCCGCCAAAGGCCUUCUCCUCGCGGUUCUACCAUGGCCGGAGGAGGAAGUAAGGGACUCUCUUAAGCAGAUUGAAAAGGAGUUCCCAGAAUUGGAACCUCAGUAUUUCUUUGAGAAACAUGCAGAAAAGGAGAGUGAGAGAGGCAAGUUCGAGGUCCCGGAUGAUCUAACCGCCCGCGCCGUCGUCCUCGCAACCCUCUCCUGGCUCCCGAAAACCCCCGAGCAGGCGCCCAACCUCAAACUCAUCCAGUGCUUCAGCGCGGGGACCAACCACCUGGCCGCCCAUCCGAUCUAUCAAACCACAAAUAUCCCUCUGACGACGGUGAGUGGGAUUCACGGGCCGCAGAUCGCCGAGUGGGUCAUAAUGAUGGAUCUCAUCCACAGCCACAAGUACCUCGACUUCUACGAGGCGCAGCAGAGGUGCGAGUGGAGCCAGGCGAGGGGCAUGAAGAUUCGGGAUAAGGUGGGCAAGACGGUGGGUGUGCUGGGGUAUGGGAGUAUUGGGCGGCAGGUCGCCCGCCUCGCCCAUGCCCUCAGCAGCACUGUAAUUGCAUACACGGCCUCCCCGCGCGAUACCCCCGAGUCCCGCCGCGACAAUGGAUUCAUUGUGCCCGGCACCGGCGAUGCGGAUGGAAGUAUCCCCAAGAAGUGGUUCAGUGGGUUGGAGAAGGAGAAGUUGCAUGAGUUUUUGAGCGAGGGGAUGGAUUUGUUGGUUAUCAGUGUGCCGUUGACCAAAGCAACCACGCACCUCCUCAGCACCCCCGAAUUCCAGACCCUCCACGCCUCCAACCCCCACGGCACCUACAUCGCCAACAUCUCGCGCGGCAAGAUCCUCGACCAAGACGCCCUCAUCUCGGCCCUCGAAAACAACCUCAUCGCCGGCGCCGCCCUCGACGUCACCGACCCGGAACCCCUGCCCAAGGAGCACCCGCUGUGGAGGACAAAGGGCGUGGCCAUUACGCCGCACGUGAGCGGGUUGACGGAUGUGUAUGCGCAGCGGGGGAUGAUGGUGUUGGCGGAGAAUCUGAGGAGGUGGAGGGAGGGGAGGGAGUUGGUUAAUGAGGUGGAUAGGCGGAGGGGGUACUAGGGGGUAGGUGUUUGUAGGUUGACGAGGUUGAAGGACGAUAGAGAGCUGGUGUGGGGUU